AUGGAAAUACUGCGGCUUGUUCUCUUUAUCUUCAUGGCGCACGGUGUGUGUGGAGACUUGAGCUACUCCAUUCCGGAGGAAACCAAAAGGGGGUCUGUAAUCGGAAAUAUUGCCAAGGACCUUGGACUCGAUAUCAAAAGUCUGACUGCUCGCAAGGCGCGUAUAGACAACGAAGGUAACCGCAAACGUUAUUGUGACAUUAAUCUCAGAAAUGGGGAAUUGAUAGUGGCCGACCGAAUCGACAGAGAGGAGUUAUGCUCUGAGAGGAGUUCAUGUAUGCUUGCUGUAGAUAUAAUGCUAGAGAGCCCUUUGGAGCUACAUCGCAUAAAUAUUCUUAUUCAGGAUGUAAACGACAAUGCACCAGUUUUUCCGAAGGAGGUUUUUAAAUUAGAAAUACGCGAGAGUGCAGCUAAAGGUGCACUGUUUCGCGUGGACGAGGCUCACGAUGCAGACGUGGGACACAAUGCUGUUCAGAGCUACUCCCUAGAAAAGAAUGACUAUUUUGUUCUGGCUGUUCGAACUAAAAGUGAUGGUGUAAAAUACAGUGAAUUAGUGCUAGAUAAGGAACUGGAUCGUGAACAGCAGCAGGAGGUAAAACUGACCCUUACUGCCAUUGAUGGUGGCAGUCCACCGAAAACCGGCAGCGUAGCUAUUCAUGUCACUGUACUGGAUGCGAAUGACAAUGCCCCAGUGUUCAGUCAGGAGCUAUACACUGCAGCCUUACCGGAGAAUACUCCCGUAGGUACCGCCGUGCUAACGGUUAGUGCUGUAGAUGCAGACACAGGAGUAAACGGGGAGGUUACCUAUGAAUUUAUCCGCAUCUCCGAAAAGGCCAGAAAAGCAUUCUCAUUGAAUGAGAGGACAGGAGAGAUAACGGUCAUUGGACCCAUAGAUUACGAGGAGGAGUCUAAAUAUGAUAUACGUGUUCAGGCAAAGGACGGGUAUGGUCUAACAUCCGACUGUAAAGUUACUAUAGAUAUCACAGAUAUGAAUGAUAACGCCCCUGUGAUAUUUCUGAAGUCACUGAAUAACCCUGUCCCUGAGAAUGCGCCACCGGGCACUGAGGUGGGAAUUAUAAAUGUGCAAGACAGUGAUGCUGAUAAUAAUAGAUUAGUCCGUUGUGCAAUUCAACACAACGUCCCUUUCAAACUGGUGCAAUCUGUAAAAAACUAUUUUUCUUUAGUGACAACAGGCGAGCUUGACCGCGAAUUAAUUAGUGAUUAUAAUAUCACCAUAACCGCUACUGAUGAAGGAGCUCCACCUCUCUCCUCCUCCAAAACGAUACAUUUAUCUGUGGCGGAUGUAAACGACAAUCCUCCUGUAUUUCAGCAGAAGUCUUACAGUGCCCAGAUAACCGAAAAUAAUAAACAGGGCGCCUCUAUAUGCUCAGUGGCAGCAAGUGAUCCCGACUGGAGACAGAACGGUACAGUAAUGUACUCUCUUUUACCUACUGAAGUGAAUGGCCUGCCGGUGUCAUCUUUGCUGUCUAUUAACGGCGACACUGGCGUUAUUCAGGCAGUGCGGUCCUUUGAUUAUGAGCUGUUCAAAAACUUUCAAGUUCAUGUUUUGGCCAGAGAUAAUGGUUCACCGCCCCUUAGUAGUAACGUGACUGUUAGUAUCUCUAUCAUGGAUAUGAAUGACAACCCUCCCCAAAUACUAUACCCAUCUCCCGAAGAUAACUCUUAUAUGACUGAGUUGGUGCCCAGAGCUGCGCAUGCUGGCUCUCUGGUAUCCAAAGUGAUCGCUGUGGAUGCAGACUCAGGACAGAACGCAUGGCUUUCCUAUAAUAUCGUUAAGUCAACAGACUCUGGACUUUUCACAAUCGGUGUCCACAGUGGAGAGAUCAGGACGCAGAGAGACAUUUCAGAAUCGGAUGCCAUAAAACAGAACCUUAUUGUCGCAGUGAAAGAUAACGGACAGCCUUUCCUCAGUGUUACUUGCACAAUGCAUUUGCUCAUUUCAGACAAUUUAGCUGAAAUUCCGGAACUAAAGGAUAUGUUUCACGAGGAUAAUGGCUCCAAGCUCACCACGUAUUUGAUCAUUGCACUGGUGUCUGUGUGCACGUUUUUCUUUACAUUUAUUAUUAUCACCCUGGCUGUAAAGUUUUGCCAUCGGAGAAAGCCCAGGUUGCUAUUCGACGGAGCGGUCGCCAUUCCCAGUGCCUAUUGCAAUCUGCCUCCAAAUUACGCAGACGUGGAUGGCACUAUGACGUUGCGCAGUGCUUAUAAUUAUGACGCGUACAUGACCACUGGGUCGCGCACCAGUGACUUCAAAUUUGUCAGAUCUUACAAUGAUGGGACUCUGCUUGCUGACCAGACUCUGACCAAGUCCUCUACUGCUGAUGAGCCGUUCGGACCAUGUGAGGAACCAGAAGCUCUCCAACAGGUAAUACAGAUUCCAUGA